UUUGUGCGGGAACUUCAAGCAUUUGUGCGGGAACUUCAAGCAUUUGUGCGGGAACUUCAAGUAUUUGUGCGGGAACUUCAAGCAUUUGCGCGGGAACUUUUAGGGUUUGCGUGGCUUUAGUAUGUUGCGUGCGUUCUUAUUAUUUUUAGUGUUGUGUGUGUUUUUGUAUUUACGGCUGGUCUUGUUGCUUCAAUGGUAGAAACUGCAACAACAGCAACAAACAAAUCCAACGUGCAACAACAACAAUCAAUUGGCCAAAAGUUUGUUUGUUAUAUUUUUUAUAUAUCGCAAGUUUUGUCCGCAAAAUUAUUUUUGUCCGCAAAUUUAUUUUAUUUAUUUUUUUUGUCCGCAAAUUUUUAACAAAAUUUAAAAAAUUCCUAUUCGGUAAUUGAACUGAGUUUUGGUGAGUAUCCUUUAAGGUUAUCUUAUUUGAAAUAUGACAACCAGUUACAUCUAGCAAACUUGGAAAGAAAACAAAGUGGUAGUUUGU